UUUUGUGUCUGUGCGAAACACAGAGAGUAGUCGGGAAGGUGGGAGAGGGGAGAGAGUUGAUCCUACGGUAUCAGGCUAGCAUUUUACUCCUUAGUAGGGAGGGUGAGUGAAAUAAAGACCGAGCAUAGUAGAAUAAGCUAAAAUAGAGUGAAGUAGGAAGCCCGGAGGCUGCAGCUUCAUUCGCAAUGUCCGAUGAUACCAGCUCCUUGCCCUGGUCCAUCAUCAGGGAGGAUUAUGAACUCAAGGAGGUGAUUGGUUCUGGAGCUACAGCUGUGGUUCAGGCUGCAUACUGUAUCCCGAAGAAAGAACGAGUUGCAAUCAAACGCAUCAAUCUGGAAAAAUGUCAGACUAGUAUGGACGAACUCCUGAAAGAAAUUCAAGCAAUGAGUCAGUGCCAUCACCGGAACAUUGUGUCAUAUUACACCUCAUUUGUGGUAAAGGAUGAACUAUGGCUGGUGAUGAAGUUGCUCAGUGGUGGAUCUGUGCUCGAUAUCAUUAAACAUGUAGUAGCGAGAGGGGAUCACAAGAAUGGUGUUUUGGAGGAGGCAGUUAUUGCCACUAUUCUGAAAGAAGUACUGGAGGGACUUGAUUACUUGCAUAAAAACGGGCAGAUUCACAGAGACUUGAAGGCAGGGAACAUUCUUCUCGGGGAGGAAGGCUCAGUACAAAUUGCAGAUUUUGGUGUGAGUGCAUUUUUGGCAACAGGUGGUGACAUGACCAGGAAUAAAGUCAGGAAGACUUUUGUAGGUACACCCUGCUGGAUGGCACCUGAAGUUAUGGAGCAGGUUAGAGGCUAUGACUUCAAAGCAGACAUUUGGAGUUUUGGAAUUACAGCCAUUGAAUUAGCUACUGGAGCAGCUCCUUAUCAUAAAUACCCACCAAUGAAGGUCUUAAUGUUGACUCUUCAGAAUGAUCCUCCCUCAUUGGAAACAGGUGUACAGGAUAAGGAAAUGGUCAAAAAGUAUGGCAAGUCCUUUAGGAAGAUGAUUGCACAAUGUCUGCAGAAAGAUCCAGAGAAAAGGCCGACAGCAGCAGAAUUUUUAAAGCACAAGUUUUUCCAAAAAGCGAAGAACAAGGAAUACCUUGAAGAAAAGUUGUUAGCUCGUGCACCUACGAUAGCUGAAAGAUCAAGAAAGGUGAGAAGGGUUCCAGGUUCUAGUGGUCGAUUACACAAGACAGAAGAUGGCGGCUGGGAAUGGAGCGAUGAUGAAUUGGAUGAAGAGAGUGAAGAGGGAAAGGCUGCAGUCUCUCAGUUGCGGUCUCCCCGGGUGAAAGAGUCUACACAGGGUCCAGAUAUUUUCGUGCCAGCAGAAAUACCAGGCUCAAAUAUUCAGACUUCUGGACAAGUCCAGAAACAGCUACCUCAGCCAACACCAAAAGUACCUGCAACGACUCAAGCUAAUCAAUUUCCAGCUAAUCAGCCUUCAGAAAUACCAGUCCCAACACUAGCAGCAGUACCAGAUCCCACCCUGCAAACUGCAGCUCAGCAUCAACUACCAGCAUCCCAGCUUGUUCCUGGUUCUGCUGCUCCCGAUUUGCACCAAACACCCAUCAGCCUUGUGUUAAGAUUACGGAAUUUGAAGAAGGAGCUGAAUGACAUAAGAUUUGAAUUUACUCCCGGUAGAGAUACAGCAGAUGGUGUUUCCCAGGAACUUGUCUCUGCAGGUCUGGUUGAUGGAAAAGACGUAGUAAUAGUCGCAGCAAAUCUACAGAAAAUAGUGGAUGAACCAGCUGCAAAUAGAUCUGUCACUUUCAAAUUGGCUUCCGGUGUUGAAGAAUCAGAUAUUCCCGAUGAUGUUAAACUCAUAGGAUUUGCACAACUUACCAUUAGUUAAGUCACACUACAACCAAUAAAACCUGCCGACGCCAUCUGUGAAAUAGGUAUCUCACUGGUGUUGGUCUGAGGAAACUUGUACUGCCAAAGAGUGAUGACAUAUGCCUGUAGAACUUGCAGCAUUUAAUCCACUGCCCCCCUCCCCCCUUUACCCUGUAACAACAAUCUCCAAAUAGAAAGUGAAUUGAGCAUUUGCUUGCAGUAUCCUAACAGAACAAUCGCCAUCAAGAGCUUUCCAGAACGUUCCAGCUUGCAGAUUUCCCAUAUGAUACAGGGUGCCUGCUGUAGGUGACUACAGAAUUGUCAGCUCUCAUCUGCUAUUAUCCUCCUCCUCCUUAAAAUUGCCUUAUUUUUUGACAGAACUUUAUUAAAUCGGUUAUUUAAAAAAUCUCUUCCCCAGGGUACUCAAUGAGACCUAGUGUAGCACAUUAAAAAUUGUCGUUUCAGUAACUCGUCUUUAAUUUGUGAUUAGUUUACUUUAAUCACACAAUUUACAAAGAUUAAAUGAACAUUGAGCAAUACUUCUUUAAAAGUGCAGUCUAUGUGAAUUGUACUUUCCAAAGGAUUGCAACCCAAAAACAGUGGGCUGAAUUUCUUCCUUUUUUUUUCCUCCUUGUUUGCGCUUACUGCGCACUAGAGCUACCUGGGUGCAUCAUUAACUGCCUUUUGACGUAACCUAAAGUAGUUUUUUGUUUAUGUGGAGACAGUAAACCAGAAUAUAAAUAUUGAGGAAAAAAUAUCACUGAGGGUGAAGUCUUUUCCUUUUUUCAUUUAUAUAAUAAAAAAGUAUUAUGGCACGAUCUGUAGCCUACCUUCAUAAUUUGCAGAUGGAGUGUGCGUGUAAAACAAAAAAAAUUACACAGCAAUUUGCCUGGUACCAAUGUGAGAAGUUGGCAUUAAGGUUGUUUUGAACUGUCAGAACUUUUAGUACAAAAAUAAAUUUAAAAAUUGCAGCUGCUGAACAGCCAA